AUGUCAACAUUACACUACAAAACUAUAAUAACAAUGAUAAUGGUAAUAACACAAAACAUUAUGGCAGCUGGAGACAUCUUAUCAAUGCAAACCACACUCCGAGAAGCUAAUGCGAAGACUGUAUCUGAAUUCGAAAGAGACUAUCUACCUCUCGAUAGCGACUGGAAAAAUUGGACACAUCCUCAGACGGGCCUAACCUAUGAGAUUAAUUUUCACUCAUCUGCUUCCCUCCCCCCCCAAGAUUUAGACCGCUGCUUCAAUCUUAUCGAGGAAAGUAGCUCGGAAAACUAUCGGAAGAGUCAACACGGAUGGAACCCUCACUUCAAACGAUAUGAGAUGCAGCUGCCGGAUCUCAAAUAUAUACUCGUAAAGCAUGAUAAUCAAACUGAGGGCUUUCUGUCCUUCAUGCCAACCAUGGAAGUCGGCAAAUUCGUUCUCUACUGCUAUGAAAUUCACCUAUCAGUACCACUGCAGGGGACCGGACUCGGCUCAUGGCUCAUGCGACUGCUAGAUACUAUUGCAGCUAGUAUCCCCGAAACCGAGAAGACUAUGUUGACGUGCUUCGUUCGAAAUUCACACGCCAUGAAAUUCUACGCCAAACUAGGCUACAAAAUUGAUUCCUCACUCACACCACCCCCUAAACAGCUGCGAAAUGGAACUAUCAUUGAAGCUGACUAUGUAAUUUUCGGCAAAGAUGUUCAAAUAUAG